UUUUCCCCUUCUUCAUUGUUCAUGUUUGUUUGGGUGGAAAGAAACUGUUUUCCCAACCGUAAUUAUUAUGAAACAUUAAACAUACAGUCUUGGCAGUGGAGUACUCUGCAGCUUAACAAGAUAUUAUAAGAACUAAUGGACUCUCCAUAUUGCAGUAUCAUCUGGACUUUAACAACAUCACUUUUGUCUUGCUAAUGCCAAUCAUCAAUUGUAGGCAAUGGUACAAUCAACAACCAAAAGUUUGUGGAUAUCUUCGUACAUAGAAGUUCCUUUGAGUUCAAGCUCAUUCGUCAAACUUAUGCUGCUCUUUAUGGUCAGAAUGUUCUUCAUCUCUUCUCAAAUAUCCAGAGGAACAAUCCAGUUGCUAGAGCAGCCUACCUUCGCAUGAUUGAACCGCAAGAGCGUGAUGCCGAGAUAACUAGGAACUCGCUUUUCGGCGGGAGUGUGAAUCUUAACACUCUCAUUGAGAUUGCAUGCACCCGACCUUCUUCGGAGCUGCAGUGUAUUAAGCGAACCUACCGCUCAAGAUACAAUUCUGAACUUGAGCAAGAUGUCACCGCAAAAGUCAGGGGCGGAUUCAAAGAGAUUCUGCUGGCGGUUUUGAAGUCGUGUCGCAACUGUGGUGGGAGAGUGGACAUGAGCAUGGCCAUGUGCGAUGCCAAGACUCUGUAUGAAGCAGUGGAAAGUGGGAGGACUGUGGACCAGAAGACCAUCAUUUCGCUUUUAAGUCAGCGGAAUUCUGGCCAAGUCAAAGCCAUUCUCGUCUCCUACAAACAGCUAUAUGGCCAUGAAUUCUGCAAGUCGCUGAAACAAAGCAAAUGCGGGCAAUUUGGAAGAGAGGUACGAAUCGUGAUUCGAUGCAUACAAAAUCCUGAAAAGUUCUUUGCCAAACAGCUAAGGAUGAAGAAUGCUGAUGCUCGGGAGAUUUUGAUCCGGAUAAUGAUCACUAGGUCCGAGAUAGAUAUUAAAGACGUUAACAAGGCUUUUGCAGCUAAAACAGGCAGUUCCAUUGAGAAACUUGUGAGAAGGGAUUUCAAUAAUAAUGGUAAAGAUCAUAAGACUAAUAACAUUGUAGCUGAUAUCUUGAUUGGACUAACGAAACGUAGUUGAAAUAUUGCGUUUAUUUAUAUAUAUAUAUAUAUAUAUAUAUAUAUAUAUAUAUAUAU